UCAAGCUCAGAACUUUUCAUCUGUCAGCUCUUACUCAUCUAAUCAGUUCGGCUGUAUUAUUGUGCCCAUUGUGAAAAUUGUAGAGAAAAAGCGAAAUGCAGCGAAAAUUAUCGCUUUUUCCACUUCUAGUGGCUCUUUCCUUGCUUGGUGCCACAUGUGCGGAUACUGCUGUGGAUGAAUUCGACGAAUCUGGUCGUUACACGAUAGAGGGCAAGGUAUACCCCCCGGAGCUGUUCGGUGGUUCCGAUUUAACCUGGCAAAUUGACACCCAAAUUUCCAUUAAUGGGGGCGAGUACAAGGGAUUCCUCAAAGAGGACGGUACAUUCAUCAUCAGCGCGGUACCCUCCGGAAGCUAUGUGGUCGAAAUUAUCAACCCCGACUACUACUAUGAAUCGGUCCGGGUGGAAAUCAAUCCGAAGGGUAAGUUCCGGGCCCGCAAGUUGAACUACGUACAACCCUCCCAGGUGAUCCAGGUGCCCUACCCGCUGAAACUGAAAGCGCUGACCCGCUUCCGGUAUUUCCAACAGCGUGAACAGUGGAAGAUCACCGAUUUCCUGUUCAACCCAAUGGUACUGAUGAUGAUUUUGCCCCUGUUCAUAAUGCUUGUCCUGCCCAAGAUGAUGAGCGACCCAGAGACAAAGAAGGAGAUGGAGAAUCUGAAUCUUUCGAAGAUGACCAAUGAUAUGCCGGAAAUAAGCGAAAUGAUCACAUCAUUUUUCACCGGCGGGACUCCUGCCAGUAACUCCAAAGAUAAGGAAAAGUCGAAGUCUAGUAGUGCCAACAAGCAGAACAAAAAGAAGAAUUAAGAGGGCGUUUAGUGUUUACAGGUAGGUUUGGAAUUAGUUUUAGAUUUCCAGAUUGUGACCUAAGAUUAUCUGUUCUGGAGUACGAAUAAAUUAAAUAAAUUUUAGUAAA